GAGGCUAACCAGACUAUGCAGAACUUUCUCCUCUCCAGCAGUCUCUGGAUAUGGGUUGAAUGGAUUGCAGCAGUUACCAUUGCUGCUGGAACAGCCGCAAUUGGUUAUCUAGCUUACAAAAAAUUUUAUGUUAAAGAUCAUCGCAACAAAAAUAUGGUUAACCUACACAUUCAGAAAGAUGACCCCAAGGUCGUACAUGCUUUUGACAUGGAGGAUUUGGGAGAUAAAGCUGUGUACUGCCGUUGUUGGAGGUCCAAAAAGUUCCCGUUCUGCGAUGGAGCUCACACAAAACACAACGAAGAGACUGGAGAUAAUGUGGGACCUCUGAUCAUUAAGAGAAAAGAAACCUAGAUCGACAGUUUCCAUGCUGCAAACCAAGUCAUCCUGAUUGUUUAAUUAGAAUGACUGCCACUUUAGUCUAAUUCACCUUCUCUGGGUUCUAGAUGUGGUAUAUUACAAACCGCAGCUUUCAUAUUCAUGUCAUUUGCCUUACUUGUUGAACCAUCGUGGUGCACGUUUGUUUAAACAAAGGAAAAAGUGAAACUGACCUCAUGGCCUGUGGGUUAUUUUGGUUUUGUAAGGAUCCGUUUCUUUGCAUUUAAUAUAAUCACAUUAGAAUGUAGUUGUAUGUUCAAGUUAACAUUAAAUUAUUCUCAAAAUCGUG